AUGUUCUACAAUAUUAUCAACUCGGAGCGCCGGUCCGGAGAUUCCGUAACAGUCAUGAAUCCCAAGACAAACGAAGCUCUCUGGGAGGUGACAGUCGGACAUGAGAUGGACCUUGAUGACGCAGUGAAUGCUGCAAGAGUGUCAUUUGAAUCAUGGAAGCUCUUGUCUAUCGAAGAAAGACAGAAGUACCUACUCAAACUAGCCAAUGAGCUAGAACAUCGAAGAGGUGAAGUACAGCCUUGUUUAGCAGGAGAGACCGGAAAAUCCGUAAAAUAUCCCUUCCAUAUUGUGAACACCGGAAAGAUUUCUAAGAAGCUUCCCAGAACUUCCUCGCAAACAUGGAGAUUGAUGACACCCUGGCGUUUAUCAGAUUUAAUGUCGUUGCCCAAUAAAGUGGAUUACGAAACUGAGACCCUCAAGAUCGUGUCUACCUACCAUCCUAUAGGAGUGGUGGGUGCGAUUUGCCCUUGGAAUUUUCCGCUCGUCUUAGCCGCUGGUAAGGUUGCUGCAGCGCUCGUCAUGGGAAAUUCCGUCAUUGUCAAACCGUCGCAAUUCACCCCAUGUGCCACUUUGAAAUUCGUUGAGCUUGCGACAUCCGUGCUUCCGCGGGGUCUACUCCAAGCACUCAACGGAGAGAGUGAUAUAGGACGACUCAUUUCCAUUCAUCCAGGAAUCGACAAGAUUAGUUUUACCGGAUCCAUCGCGACAGGGAAAAAGGUAGUUGAAAGCGCGGCCAAGACUCUGAAACGAGUGACACUCGAACUCGGUGGAAACGAUGCAAGUGUCGUCUGCCCCGAUGUUGAUGUCAAAACCGUUGCUGCUAAGGUUGCUGCGGGGUCCUUUUUCCAUUCGGGCCAAAUGUGCGUUGCUACAAAAAGGGUUUAUGUGCAUGAGGCUAUUUUCCAAGAAUUCCGUGAGACUUUUGUGGGGGCAGUGACGAACAUCAAAAUCGACCCUUCUGAUGACCAGUCACCUCUGUUUAGUCCCGUCCAAAAUGGGCUACAGUACAAGGUAGUCAAAGAUCUCAUCGCUGAUUGCAAGGAAAACAAUUACACUUUACUUUGCGGGGGGAAAGCCGAUGACGAGCAGCCAGGGCUCUUUAUCGCACCUGUUGUUGUGGAUCGACCACCGGAUGAUUCUCGCAUCGUCCAAAUGGAGCAGUUUGGUCCUAUCAUUCCACUGAUGAUGUGGUCUACUGAGGAUGAAGUGAUUCCAAGGGUCAAUGGGACAUGUACUGGGUUAGGGGCUUGCGUGUGGGCCAAUGAUGUUGCUACUGCGGAGCAGAUUGCGCGGAAAAUUGAGGUUGGAACAGUAUGGAUCAAUAGCGCUGAAGCUCCCAACCCAUAUGGCUACUGUUCUGGCUGGAAGCAGAGUGGGAUUGGAGGCGAGUGGGGAAACCAGGGCUUGUUGUCGUACUCUCACACGCGGAUAAUUCAGCUGUGCAAGUAA